GGACUAGCAUGCUGUUGUAUUUUAUCCCUGCCAUGUUGGCUCUUGCUCAUCGAAGGAUGUGUAUAAAUGGGCACAGACCCAACUGGCAGGCAAGCAGAGACCAUCCCACUCUCACCUCUACCAAGGACCUCUCUACCUGAUAGUAGCAGUGGCCACUCGAGCGCAUUUCUUCACUCGUCUGGAAAUCGAGAUAACAGACAAUCUAAUCAUCAGACACGAUGGCGCCUGUUUGGUUUAUCACCGCCACAUCAUCAGGCUUCGGCCACGAGAUUGCCCUGUGCGCACUUCGUCGUGGGCACACUGUCAUCGCCACGGCUCGCAACAUCUCACGCAUCCAGGACCUAGCGGAGGCUGGCGCCCAUACAAUGGCAUUCGACGUGACCUCUCCUCUCCCCGAGUUGCAGGAGACCGCCAAGAACGUCUUUGACAAGUUUGGUCGCGUCGACUACCUGGUCAAUGCGGCUGGGUUCAUCCUCGAGGGGGCCCUGGAAGAGUUCAGCCCCGAGGAGAUCCACCGCAUCUUCAACGUCAACGUCUUUGGCAUGAUGACCACAUUCAAGGCCUUUCUCCCGCAUGUGAGGACACAGGAGAUCGGCGAGGGAGGCGCCAGGGCCACCGUCGUGUGCAUCGGCAGCCUCGCCAGCUGGCAGGGCGGUGCCUCGUACGCAGCCUACUCCAUGACCAAGGCAGCAUGCUCGAUGUUGAUGGAGUCUCUCCGCAUCGAGCUGGCCCCGUACAAGAUUACGUCGACUGUCAUCGAGCCAGGGUACUUCCGCACCGGCUUCCUCAGCUCGAACGCGCUCGUGCAGACCAAGGAACGCAUCGAUGCGUACGAAGAUCCUGAAACACCCACGGGAGUGACCAGAGAAGGGUUGCGGCAGGUACAUGGAAAUCAACCAGGGGACGUGAGGAAGGGUGCCGAGGUCGUGGUUCAAGUGCUGACCAGGACGGGUGUGUCGAAGGGAAGGGAAGUUCCCGUUCGCAUCGUGCUGGGGACCGACUGCGAGGCGACGAUCAGGGCGCAGUGCGCCAAGGUGACCAGUUACCUGGAAGAGUGGCAGGAUGUCAUUAGGAGCACUGAUUAUCCAAAGGGGGAGUAG